AUGAACAGUGAAUCUGGCAACAGUUCUCCUGUGGCUACUGGCGACCACCGUAUUCGCAAGGCAAAUGCAGAGAAGCUGGCCGCCGGCUACACCAAGAAGAAGCGCCUUAUGGAGUGCUGCUACCUUUACAUUUCUACCUACCUGUGGUUCACGCAGUUUGUGAUUGUGGCCAGGUACUUUGUCCAUGGCGGCCAGGCAGAUUUGCUACAGCUCGCGUGGAGUCCGCUGAUGAUACUGUGUGCGAUGACGCUGGCCGACUUCAUUAGCGGCCUCGCCCACUGGGGGCUUGACACGUGGGGGACGCCAGACACGCUGAUCUUCGGCAACUUCAUUCGCUCCUUCCGCGAGCACCACGUGGACCAGGUUGCGAUGACCAAGCACGACUUUAUCGAGACAAACGCCGACACGACGCUCCCGCUCAUUCCGCUGCUGCUGCUGCAGCGCUACUGCCUCUCCCGCCCCAAUACGCACGGCAAGUAUGAGUACAACAUCCACAACGGCAACGUCGGCGGCCACGUCUUUCUGCUGACGCUCACCAUCUUCGUUGCCCUCACCAACGAGGUGCACAAGUGGUCGCACAUGGCGAAGCCCCCCGCCGUGGUGCGGUUUCUGAUGUCGUGCCACGUCAUUUUGACUCCGCGCGGGCACCGCAAGCACCACACCGGCAACUACGACCAGAGCUACUGCAUCACCACCGGGUGGAUGAACGGGAUCCUUGACUACAUCAACUUCUGGCGCUGGGCGGAGACCGUCGUCACGGCCCUCACCGGGGAGAUACCGCGUGCCAACGACCAGCAACUGCUAGGAAAGUAG